AAACCCUAAUUUGCAUCCAAUUUUCUCUCCACCUCAGCUACUUACCAGACAGACACCAUCAUUCCACUGCUGCUCUCUGUUAGGUCUAAUCAGUAAUUUCGUCAUUCCAUUUCGUUCGAUUCACCCAACUGUUUCAUCUUCGAUUUACGGUUCUUGAAUCGGGUGAAAUUCGUCUGGGUUCGAUAAAUCUCUUUGCUUUUAAGUCAGAUUUCUAGGUUCCCAGUGUAUUUUUUCCAUCCAAUUCGGGGUUCCCGACAUCUUUUCGACUUUUCCCCUCUCUCUUCCUCGAAUUUCUAGUUUUAGGGGGAUUUUAUCGAGUUGGGUUAUCCGGAUUUCACUCCCCUCUUCCAUUUUCUCGGAAUUGCUCUUCUUCUAGGGUUUUCUGAUUCUGGGUUUCCGCCAAUUUCGUUUCUUUGCCAUUCAUUCGGUCAAAGUUUACUGUCUUCAAGGGUUUUGUCGAUUUGGGUGUCCUCCAGAUUCUCUCCCUCAGAAUUCGUCAUCUCCAAGGUUUCCCUAGUUUCUUCCGACAAUGGAGGAGGACAAGAACGGAGGACAUCAGAGUGACGUCAGCAACUACUCGUCGGAGGACGAAGGGACGGAGGAUUACCGGAGAGGAGGCUACCACGCGGUGCGAAUCGGCGACACGUUCAAGGAUGGAUGCUAUGUGGUUCAGAGCAAGCUCGGCUGGGGACAUUUCUCCACUGUUUGGCUCGCUUGGGACACCCAAAAAUCGCGUUAUGUAGCUUUGAAAGUCCAGAAGAGCGCUCAGCACUACACGGAGGCAGCCAUGGAUGAGAUCAAAAUCCUUAAACAGAUUGCAGAAGGAGACCCAGAUGAUAAAAAAUGCGUUGUGAAGCUUUUGGAUCACUUCAAGCAUUCUGGUCCUAACGGGCAACAUGUUUGUAUGGUCUUCGAGUACUUGGGCGAUAACCUCUUGUCACUUAUCAAGUACAGCGAUUACCGGGGUGUCCCUCUUCACAUGGUUAAAGAGCUUUGCUUUCAUAUUCUGGCGGGGUUGGAUUACCUACACCGCGAGCUCUCUAUUAUCCAUACCGAUUUGAAGCCGGAGAACGUCUUGCUGUGUUCUAUGAUUGAUCCAUCAAGGGACCCUCGUAAAUCAGGUACCCCUAUCGUUCUUCCAACAACGAAGGACAAGACCGUUUCUGGGUCAGUCCCGGAACAGGAAACUAAGAGUUACACAUACAGUGCGGAUUUGACAAAGAAUCAGAAGAAAAAGAUCCGGAAGAAAGCUAAGAAGGCGGCUCAAGGGGGUCAUGGAGAGGAAGCGUCAGAGGAAAAUGAUAGAGCUUGUGACAAUGGAGCAAGAUCAAACAGGGAUCAUACUGUAGAAAAGCCCCAAGAUAGUUCUCAAACUAAGAAAGGAAGAGUAAAGCGUGAUGAAAUCGACGAGAGUGCUAGCAAAAAGGGUCGGAGUAACAGGAGAGGAAGCCGUUCCACGAGGCAGAAGUUACUUGGAGCUGUGGAUCGGAAAUGUAAAUUAGUGGAUUUCGGGAAUGCUUGUUGGACUUAUAAACAGUUCACAAGCGAUAUUCAGACAAGGCAGUAUCGGUCCCCCGAAGUUAUUCUCGGAUCAAAAUACUCAACAUCGGCAGACAUGUGGUCAUUUGCCUGCAUUUGUUUUGAGCUGGCCACCGGAGAUGUCCUUUUCGAUCCUCACAGUGGUGAAAACUACGACAGGGACGAGGAUCAUUUGGCAUUGAUGAUGGAGCUUUUCGGGAUGAUGCCACGCAAGAUUGCAUUAAGCGGCCGCUACUCACGAGAUUACUUCAACCGAUAUGGUGAACUAAGGCACAUACGUCGGUUAAGGUUUUGGCCACUGAACAAGGUCCUGAUGGAGAAGUACGAUUUCAGCGAGCAGGACGCGAAUGCUAUGGCAGAUUUCAUCACUCCCAUUCUCGAUUUUGUGCCCGAGAAGAGACCCACUGCGGCUCAGUGCCUUACACACCCGUGGAUCAAUCCCGGUCCGAAGCUUUUGCAGCCUUCUGGUAACUCGGAACCCGGAGAAGAAGCAUCAGAAGAGAAGAUAAAGAAGGAAAACAGUGAGAGGGAGGCGAUGGAGGCUGGUGUCGGGAGUAUAGCCAUCGAUGCCUCGUAGUCUAAAGGCGUUACGGAGAGAUGGUUCGCCAUUCUUCUCAUGGAUGUUCGAACGUAAAUACAGCCAAGCUGAGUCGUGAGUCGAGUCAGCUCGUUUUACAUCCCGAUUCGUUGGUUCAUUGCUUGUUUUCUCCGCAUUAGAAAUGGUGUUUUUACAGGGAAGUGGCUUGUUUUGAGUUCUGAUGAUGAACUGUACCUGUCGUCUGUGUUGUUUUCUGGGAACUUUGUUUUUUUCUGGUUUGUGAUUCAGCUUCUGUUUCCGACAGAUCUGAGGGCUCCUCUGUCUUGCCCCUUGAACAAAACUUGGGUAUCGAUUGCUGAUCUCUGGCUUUUCAAAGACACAUCUAAAUCUGCGGUUUUCGGUUGUAUCCAA